CCCCUGUACCCCCAGUCUCAUCCAUUCUAACACCCUUGACUGCCUUGCACUCUGUGAUCCCUCUCUGUUUCUGGCAUCUCUCGCUCAAGUGCCUUUCCCUUGGCUUCUUGUCCAUCUGUCACUCUCUUUCUUGGCCUUGGCUCACUCUCCUGCACUCUAAUUCCAUAUUUCCAACCCUCUUUCUCAGCUCUUCCUUUCCUUGCACCCCAUGAUUUUCUCAACCCCCCUCUUUCCAUCUGUUGCACCCACAGUGCCCUUAGUCUCACUCUCACCCCUCUCUUAACUCUCUCUUUCUUGCCCUGUCUCGCUGUCCCUGUGUGACUGUCACUUCCCUCACCCACACGUCUCUGGCUCCUUGGCUGAUAUUUAAUAUCUCAGGUUUUGCAAGCGGUCACGUGGCGGUCUAUAUAUAUCUAGAUCCCAUAUACCUGUGCUUGCAACCUUCUUCCAGAUGCCUCUAGUGGAGCCCACAAGGGACAGACCAACGAGUGGAUAAGACUGUCAGUGUGAGAGAGCUGCAGGAGUCAUAGAUAGGAAGAGACUGUUGGGGUGCAGAGAGGUACCUAAUAAAUAUGGAGACCUGCUGAAAAGUGACCUCUGGAAUUAGAGUCCAAUUCUGAAAAGCAAAGGAGAGGUUUCUGAGGAGAGAGAGAAAGAGACAGCCAGUGAGUAGGGUGAGAGUGAGUGAAUGUCUAUGAGGGAAUAGGGACGGGAAUGAUUGACAGGGAUGAGCAAAGACAGGCGCUUAUCUCUCAUGGAGGAUCCCAAGGCAAAUGAAGGCAAUGAGCGCAAGUCAGGCUGGUGGGGAGACGACCCCCAGUACCAAUAUAUGCAACUGCGAGACUGCUCCAGCUAUGGGAUCCCCAGCGAGACAUCACCCCCUCCUCUGCAGGAAACUCUGGAGGAGCAGCCCCCAUCUCAGAAACAGACCUAUGGACAUUACACGGAGGAGCUCUCCCAAUUCGCACGGAAAGAAGCAGUGAAGUUGCUGCAGGAGAAGCAGAGAGCGGAACCCACCAAACCCCCCGAUGUCCAGAAGGAAUGUUACUCCAAGUGCCACAGAUGUAUCCAGCGGCUGAAGCAGUACAUUAUAAAGAAACUUGCAGAAGACUGGAUUUUCCUGGUUCUGUUGGGGUUUGUGAUGGCGAUUGUCAGCUGGAGUAUGGACUACGCCAGUUCCAAGAGCCUUCUGGCCUACAGGUGGAUGUACGAGUCCCUGUCUCCCAACGUCUGGAUCCAGUAUCUGGCCUGGGUCUCCUACCCGCUCAUCCUCAUACUCUUUGCUGCAGUCUUCUGCCAUGUUGUGUCUCCGCAGGCCAUCGGUUCGGGGAUCCCGGAGCUGAAGGUGAUACUCCGGGGGGUGGUGCUGAAGGAAUAUCUGACCCUAAAAGCUUUUGUGGCCAAAGUGAUUGGUCUGACGGCCUCGCUGGGGAGCGGGAUGCCCCUGGGUAAGGAGGGCCCGUUUGUGCACAUCGCCAGUAUCUGCUCCGUGGUACUUAGCAAGUUCAUGUCGGUGUUUUGCGGCGUUUACCAGCAAGCUUAUUAUUACACCGACGUUCUCACUGUGGGAUGUGCCGUUGGGGUUGGAUGCUGUUUCGGAACCCCCCUGGGAGGUGUUUUGUUCAGCAUUGAGGUGACCUCUUCUUAUUUUGCGGUAAGGAACUACUGGCGCGGUUUCUUCGCUGCCACCUUUAGUGCCUUCAUGUUCCGAGUAUUCGCCGUGUGGAACAAGGAUGCAGUUACCAUCACAGCUCUCUUUCGUACCAAUUUCCGCAUGGAGUUUCCCUUUGACCUCCAGGAACUCCCGGCAUUCGCUGUGAUUGGAAUCUGCUCUGGAUUCCUUGGUGCUUUCUUUGUGUUCAUGAAUCGGCAAGUGGUGGAAGGGAUCCGAAGCAACCAGACCCUGAGCAGCUUCCUCAGUCGUUAUCGUUUCAUCUAUCCGGCCGCCGUUACCUUCUGCAUUGCGACUCUCACCUUCCCGCCGGGCUUUGGGCAGUAUAUGGCUGGAGCGCUCAUGCCUCGGGAGAGUAUCAGUGUCCUGUUUGAUAACCACACGUGGACAAAAUAUUCGGGGGACCCCUCAGAGCUCGGCCGUUCUGCUGCUUUCGUCUAUCCCAAUGUCUUCAUCACUCUGCCGCUCUUCUUCGUCAUGAAGUUCAUGAUGUCGGUCAUCGCUACUACAAUGCCAAUACCCUGUGGCACCUUCAUGCCAGUCUUUGUGCUCGGGGCGGCCUUUGGGCGGUUAGUCGGGGAGCUAAUGGCUUAUCUCUUCCCCAAUGGGAUUCUCUUCGAUGGGAUUGUCUACAAGAUCGUCCCUGGAGGCUACGCAGUGAUUGGAGCUGCAGCUCUGACAGGGGCUGUCACACACACCGUAUCCACCGCCGUGAUCUGCUUUGAGCUGACCGGGCAGAUCUCUCACAUCCUUCCCAUGCUGAUCUCCGUCAUUAUGGCCAAUGUUGUUGCCCAGAAUCUUCAGCCAAGUUUGUACGACUCCAUCAUCCAGACCAAGAGGCUGCCAUACCUACCGGAUCUUUCCUCGUGCCAUGUUAGUAAAUACAACAUCUUUGUAGAAGACAUCAUGGUCCGAGACAUCCAUUACAUCACGUCAUGCUGCUCCUAUGGAGACCUGCUGAAGGUCCUGCAAAGCUGCACCCACAAAACGAUGCCCCUGGUGGAGUCAGCAGAUAGUAUGGUCCUACUGGGCUCCGUGGAAAGGUCCGAGAUCACUGCCCUGUUGGAGAGACUCCUCAGUCGAGAGCGAAGGGAGCAUCUUGCAUCUCCACCGUACAGAGGGCAAAGGGCUGCCGAUGUAGCAGGAAAAAGAGACUCGUUCAAAUAUGUGGAUGAGGAAGAGACGGCGGGUGAAGAGGAAGAGAAGAAAGAGCCUGUUGAAGAAUGCAAUGGUCCCAUCCCCUCAAAUAAUACAGUGGAGCCUCCGAGCCCCCCGGCACAGCCAGAAAGUUCCUGCGGAAGGUUUCGUGCUGCAAUUCACAGAAUCUUCUGCAGCUCUGAGGAGCCGAAACCACAAGAUACACCACAGGAACCGGAGCCUGAGGAAACAAUGACACCCGAAGAGAUCGCUGUGUGGGAGCAGCAGGAACUUGCCCGACCGGCUUCAUUCGACAGUUGCCUGAUUGACCCGUCACCAUUCCAGCUUGUGGAGCGAACGUCCCUUCAUAAGACUCACACUCUCUUCUCACUCCUCGGCCUCAGUCAGGCCUACAUCACCCACGGGGGCAAACUCAGAGGAGUCAUCGCUUUGAAAGAGCUGCAAAAGGCCAUUGAAGGAACGGCCCAAUCAGGGGUUCGCCUGCGCCCCCCUUUGGCCAGUUUUCGGGACGGCAGGAGGUCGAUGUCCCAGAAGAAUUCCCACAGACCAGCGCCCAAGUCGCCCCCUUCCCCUGACCCUUCCAUGCUGCCCGAUGACCCCACAAACCUGGCCACGCCAGACUCGGAGCUGGACGAUCUAUCAGGGCAGGGGUCAGAGAACGUCUCCCAAAUUCUCAAGGACUUCCAUGUCUCCACCGAGCACAGUGAUGAAGAUGCGCCGCUGUAGCCUUCGGCCUCCUUAUGAUUCUGUGACUCUUGCCCCCCUCACAGGAACCUGUUGGCACCAUGGAUACCCCCUAUUGACUGUUUACAAUGUCCCCCCCACACCCCACCCCCAAGGAACCUCAUGGCCCAACCCAUGGUGCAAAUAUACAUGGAAUCCAAUCACUCCACAACCACCAGGGCAGAUAUGGCACCAACCUACCACCCAAUGGGCGCGACCCGUUCUGUCGUCAUCAUGUGAUCACCCAGUCAUACAAGUAGGGUACCAGCCAAAUACUAUAAGGAUUUCCCAUCUACUAUAGGGGCACUAAUGCUAUCUAGUAUAGGGGCACUGAUGCUAUCUAGUAUAGGGGCACUAAUGCUAUCUAGUAUAGGGGCGCUGAUGCCAUCUAGUAUAGGGGCACUAAUGCUAUCUAGUAUAGGGGCACUGAUGCCAUCUAGUAUAGGGGCACUGAUGCUAUCUAGUAUAGGGGCACUAAUGCUAUCUAGUAUAGGGGCACUAAUGCUAUCUAGUAUAGGGGCACUAAUGCUAUCUAGUAUAGGGGCACUGAUGCUAUCUAGU